AUGGCUUCCUCCGCCAGCAAGCUGAUCCCAUCCGACCCGGAAAAGGUCAUGGUGAUUCGCAAGGUCACGCCAGAAAUAACCACCUUUAGCACACCAUUCUCGCGCUUCGGGAAGAUCAAGAUUGGUGGCAGAGGUACUCUCGUGCGCAUGGCAACGGGCUCGUUGGCUAUCUUCUCGCCAGUCGCUUUGACCGACGCGGUCAGGAAGGAGACGGAGRGUCAGGGAACUGUCAGAUACAUUGUGGCCCCAGAUCAAGAGCACCACAUUUUCCUCGAAAGCUGGCACAAGGCAUACCCAGAAGCUACCAUUGUAGCUCCAGAAACCCUCCCAGAUCUUCGUGACAAGCAGUCAUACUUCAAGCUUCCAAAUGAGAAAUACAACCUUUUCCGCAAAGCAGACCAGGAAACUGGCUACAAAGUCUCCACCGAGUUCGACAGCGAGUUUGACUCGGAGUAUGUCUUCGCACAUGGCAACAAGGAGCUCGUCUUCAAUCACAGACCCAGCAAGACUCUCAUCGAGGCCGACCUUCUCUUCAACCUCCCAGCAACCGAGCAAUUCAGCAAAAGCGGCGAAAGCCCUCUCACCGGCAUCUUCACCAAGCUCUUCAACGGCGUCAUGCAUACGAAUGGAGAGGCGACCUGGCAGAAGCGAAUGCUGUGGCUCCAGUCAAAAUCGGAUCGUCCCGCUUUCAAUCACAGCAUGUCCACGAUCGCAAAGUGGGAUUUUGAUCGUAUCAUUCCCUGCCACGGAGAUGUCAUUGAGACUGGGGGCAAAGGAAUCUUCGAAAAGAUGGCCGAGUGGCAUCUCAAGGCUGCGCAGGUCUGA